GCCUAUGGCUCUGUUAGGGCCUGGUUAUACAGGUGGCUCUUGCUGCCCCUCUGCGGUAUAUAGCUUUUCAGAGGAAAAAGCUAUCCCUGUUCAAAUCUUGGUUAGGCUGGGGCGGACUGACAACUCAUGGGACCCCCGGGCAAUAGAGGAUCAUGGGGCCCCUAUGUCCUUGCCCAAACUCAAAAAAGCCUAUAAAAAAGGUACCAGGGGCAUCUCAUGGGGCCUCCUACUGACCCCGGGCCCUCGGGCAGGGCCCGGGUUUCCAAAUGGCCAGUCCGCCCCU